UUGUGGCUGCUUUCCAAGACCUGCCCUUCAUUUCAUACUAAAACUCCUCCCACCGUUCCUCUCUCUCCCUCCUCUCUCUGCGUAUUUUCCGCCUCUGUCCCUCCUCCAGACUCAGUUCGACGUGUGUGCUCCAUGCGGUCGACUUACCGGUACGUGUGUGGUGAUGAAGCCGAGAAAACGACUCCAAUCCCGGGCAAGAUAAGCGGUAGCGAGACACAAACGCGGAGGAACAUCUCGAACCCCGGGACGUGAGCAGUGUCAGGGACAGCCACUCCUUUAGUUCACCGGGAGGAUCUUUUUUUCACGAAAGCACAAAAAUCGUCACUGUGAUGCCCACAGGCAGACAUGACCACCGAUCAAGAUCUUUCUAUGGACGGGCCCUCAGCCCCAGCUGCGUUUGCUGCAAAGGGCGCUGAUGUCACGCCUAAAAAGGACCAAGGAAUAAUCAAGGUUGUGAAACGACAGGGGGAAGAUGGAGAGUGUCCAAUGAUAGGGGACAGAGUGACGAUCCAUUACACUGGAAGGCUUCUCACUGGGAAGAAGUUUGACUGUAGCAGAGAUCGGAAGGAGUCUUUUUCCUUCAAUGUUGGCAAGGGUCAAGUCCUCAAAGCCUGGGAUAUCGGUGUGUUAUCCAUGCAGAGAGGAGAGGUGUGCACUUUAUUGUGUAAGCCAGAGUACGCUUACGGCUCCGCUGGAAAUCCGGACAAAAUUCCUCCCAACUCAUCAGUGCUGUUUGAGAUCGAGCUGCUCAAGUUUGAAGGAGAGACGCUGACAGAUGAUAACGGCAUCGUACGAAGGAUAAAAGUCAAAGGGGAUGGUUACUUGAAUCCCAAUGAUGGUGCAAUCGUAGAUGUACAUCUGGAGGGGAGCUGUGACGGCCGAUUGUUUGACCGCCGGGACAUCAGCUUCGUAGUCAGUGAGUCGGAGGAUAAAGGUGUUCCUCUUGGUGUGGACCGCGCCAUGGACAAGAUGCAGAAGGGAGAGUGCUGUAUACUUUACUUAUCACCAAAGUAUGGCUUUGGUUGCAGAGGCAAACCAGAAUUUAAAAUUGGACCAGACAAAGACAUUGUAUACGAGGUUACACUCAAAGACUUUCAAAGGGCUAAAGAAUCCUGGGAAAUGGACUUGCAUGAAAAGCUGAGUCUGGCCUCUGAAACCAAGCGUAAAGGGAAUCAGUAUUACAAGGGGGGACACUACUACCAGGCGGUGGUCCAGUACCAGCGCAUCGUUUCCUGGUUGGAGAUGGAGUGUGGUAGCGGCUUGGAGCAGCAGAAGUGCAUUAAUGACUUUCUUUUGACAGCCCACCUCAAUUUAGCUUUGUGUUUCCUGCGCAUUAAAGACUUCUCUCUUGUGGUGGAGAACUGCAGCAAGGUGAUCGAGAUGGACGCUUGCAACGAGAAGGCUCUGUACCGCCGCGGUGAGGCCCGUCUGCUCCGUAAUGAGUUCAGCUUGGCCUUGGCAGAUUUUCAGCAAGUGCUGCGGGUCAAUGCUGCCAAUCGAGCUGCUCGCUCCCAGAUUUCCAUCUGCCAGAGCAAGAUGAAGGAAUAUCACGAGCUGGAUAAGAAGACCUACGCUAACAUGUUCCAGAAGUUUGCAGAGCGAGAUGCCAAGAUCGGGAGGACGAAAAGGCGGCGGGACGACAGUGUGAGGAGCAGCGUCAAUGGUGAACUGGGCAUUAAACGUCGACGGAGUCAGGACCGCCUCACAUACCAGUGACAUCUGUGUAGAAACCAAGAAAAGACUGCAUCAGACUGGAAGCAGAGGCACACUCAAACACUUCAAACUACUCCAGCUCCAAUAUUGUGUGUACAAUGUACAUUUCUCCAAUCACAAGGACUGCAUCACAACACACCUCUGAGUGGCUCUAGGACCCCCCACCAACCCUUUUUAAAAAUCAACACAAAAUACUAAACUCCAUUUUAUAAGGCUUCUAUGUUGAGACGUGCCUCGGCAGUGAAUAGUCGCAUCCAACAACAGGAGACUUGCACAUAUUAUUGUCUAUUGUGACUUGAACCUCAUGUCAAAUUUGUUCCUUGAAUGAUAAGAUAACUUAUGAGAUAACUUAUGUGCGCAAUAUGUCUUUUUUUUAAACUCUGAAACAAACAACAAUGUUUUUUUUCCUGCAAAACACCUUCAAGCCACAAUGGUAAAGAGGAUAAAUGACUUACCUCCAAGGAUGCGCCUCAUAGAAUACUCCAAAAUGACAAAAGAGGAAUGGGAGUAAGCACAUAAAUAAAUAACAAAUCAACAAAUUUGCAGGUUGAAAUAAAUAAUGAGAUUAUUAAGGGGCUGACUUAUAGAACUUUUCAUGGGAAGUUUAGCUGAGGAAGGUUGGAACUAUUAAACAGAAAUGAACAAGAAUGCAAAAUAAAGGUCUCAUAUUAUACUAUUCUUAAACAGUUUUAAAUAAGUCUCAGAGGUUCCAGAUUAGUGUGUUGGCCACAAAUGACCCUUGAGGCUGUAAUUUAGACACUUUAAUAGUAAGCCUGAUUGGGAACGCGCCAUUGUGUGUCUGUAGCUUUAAUGCUAAUGAGCUGGGUUUGUCCACACCUGCCUCUGACAGAGUGAGUGUGUGACUCCUAAGAAGCACUAAAGUGCACUUCUUUACUGGGGCUGUCAUCUUCUAUGCUGCUUAUCCUCACUAGAGUCGUGGGGGUAUGCUGGAGCCUAUCCCAGCUGACUUCGGGCGAAAGGCGGGGGUACACCCUGGACUGGUCGCCAGCCAAUCAACCAUUCACACUCACAUUCAACUUACAAUUUAGAGUCGGCAAUUAACCUAACAUGCAUGUUUUAGGAAAAAAAACACCCGGAGAAAACCCACACACGCACAUGCAAAGUGUGGCCAACAUGCUAACCACUAGGCCACCGCGCGGACCCAGAAAAUAGAUCUCCAUUCAAAACAGUGCGUUCAACUUAAAAAAUUACAUGGUGUCUUUGAACGCAAUCCCUCAUGGCUCAUAAUAACUCUGUUAAAGUGUGAUUCAAAUGUUCUGCUACUAUUAAGAGACUAGCAAAUAGGUUUUCAGACAUGUGUGCUAUCUUCUAGCAUGAUUUACAUUUUCAGUUCAUUUGGAGCUGUUAAUGCAUACAAAUGUAUAUAAUCAUGUCCUGUCAUUUAUCUUUUUGUUCAUAAAAUACAGUAAAAAGGCAUAUUUGACACACAUAUUUGACAACUAUGUAACAUUAAGUGGGACAGGAGCACAUAAACGUUAGCGACACUAGCAUAGCUCUGUGAGCUAUGGUGCUAACAGCAAUGUCAUGCUGGCUUAGCCUAUUCGCUGAAGAAAAACUUACAGCUACCACGUAUGUAGCCGACUGACGGCUCCUUGGCAGAGCUUCAGGCUGCAUUUUAAGAAGUGUAGCGAAGCCUGCCUUUUUACAAAGUGGUGGGCGUAUACACAGAGCCGAGCUCAUCUAGCUAGGAGCGGUCAGAUGUCAUAUUAGGUCCAUGAGGAAGGAGGUUUUCCCUUCAUCACGUUAUGGAAACUUAAAAAGCGAGUGCCUCUUCUCUCAAAAGUGAGGGAGAGGAUAGAUUUGAUCACGUUUAGUGCCCAUGACUCUAGGGACAUAUAUUACUGUUAGAACAUCACAAAAAAGCCACUUUUGCGCAAGAAGGAAAAAAGACUGGGACAAAUUAUAAAUACUGUAUCACAAAAAAACCAAGAAAUGUUUUGUACUAUUCCCUGUUUCAGACAAGCAAAAUUCCUGUGCAUUCCUGUUCAUUCCUGUAAAAAUCUUUCCAACUUUGAUCAUUCCCCAAGUUUUUCAAGCCUUCAUAUAAUAUACUGUACCUACACAAGCAUAUUUUCACAAAAUCUAAGGAUCAAUGCCGAAAUAAUUUUAUUUUGGCUAAAUAUGAGGCACAACUAGAACGCUGCCACGGGAACACAUACUGUACACACAAUAUACAGUACAAUAUAUAGUACAUGCAGUUACAGUAAACCAAAAAUAAGUCAUAAUAUGGACACAUUUUGAGUUUGUGCUUUUUUUCCAUUUGUUGAAUGUGUAUCUUUUUGCUGGACUUGACAAAACAGACUGUAAAAUGUUGUGUUUAAGAGAUAUUCAUGACAAAUUCUUAAAGUAAAAGUGCACUUUUUGGGUAAUUUUGCCCAUCCUCCACAAUCCUUAUGUGAGACAUGAACACACGUCUUUGUCUUUUCUGUGCGUUAUAAAAAUCUAAACACUAAAAAGAGGCAGCUAACAAUGCACAUAAUGGGACACACCUAUUCCGCCCAUAAAGCCUUCUGAAAAAAACGCCAACACUGCUCCAUUUACAGAAUGUGACCUGCAUAUUAACCAAGCUACAGCAACAUUGUUGUUAUUAUUGUUAUUAACAUUGUUACGCAGAACUACGUUAAUGGUGUAGUGACACCUCGCCACACCACACUGGCUAGCUACUAGCUUCACCACACACUCGCUCACAAUGCCUCAGGCCACUAGCGAAAGGUAACGUUACAUAUUGGAGCUGCCGCCACUGCUGCUGUGUUUUUGUUUUUGAGUUUGGAAAAGUUAACGCUAGGUGUAGCAUUCCUUUCCAUGCUGCUAUGUGAAAUCAAUGCACCCAGGAAGGAAGCUGCGCUCAUGCUUCAAAUGACCAAAAUAUGAAAAAAUACUGUAUUACAUGUUAUCAUGAAUGUGCUUGUUACUACAUGGUCACAGCAGGGAUAUAAAACCAUAAAACUUUGUUUGAGGUUUUCAGAGGGGUUUUAAUACCGGGUUUUGUAGGCGGAAUAGGUGUGUCCCAUUACGUGCAUUAAUUAGCCGCCUCUUUUUAGUUGUUUUAUAUCUUUAGAACUCACAGAAAAGAGAAAGACGUGUGUUCAUGUCUCACAUAAGGAUUGUGGAUGAUGGGUAAAAUGCCAAAUAAAGUCCAGUUUUCCUUUAAGCAUGAAUAUUUUACAAUACAAUAAUGAUUUGGAGUGGAUGAGGAAGAAAAGGAAAGUAUAUUCCUAAGUGUAUUGUACAACACAGCAGCAACAGAACCAAUGUGGUAAUAGCGGGAAACUGAGCGCAAACUGCUCAGUCGGCCUUGAGUUGAUUGUAAACAUGUAACAGUGCAAGUGUCACUCGCACGACUUUCACACCAAAAGCUGACUGGCGUGAUGGACAUUUUCAAGGGCAUACAGGCUAAAAUGUUGUGAUAAGAGAUUUUCAUGACAAAUCCUGUAUUGACAAUUUUCAUUUAUCAUGUGAGGAAACACAAGCUUUUCCAAAGCAUGGCUAUUUGUCAUUAACGUGUCUUAACACAACUCCUCGCUGUGUCAUUUCCAGCUAAAAGACACCCACCAGGCAUAUCAAAACGAACUUUAACUCAGCAUCUAGCCACAGUAUGGCUCACUGUCGGCUUAACUGUACUUUUGCAUGGUAUCGAUGUUCUCCAGUGAUGUUCUUGGUGAGAGAUGAUAACUUAGAGGCAAAGUUGAACUGGUGGCAGCUUUUACAACCAAACACAAUUUCUGGAGUUUCAGUCAGGUUCCCAUUGUCAUGUAUUUUAAUAAAACAGGGUACAGAAAGGCGCCCAUUGGCUGGUAUGUUUUAUGAUGAGGAACAGUGAUGAAGCUUUAAAAAACAAAACACCACAAUUGGGAUUAUUUAAAAGAAUCUUGCAGAACAAGGGCGCCUUUUUUUAAAUCGUGUGAAUGUUUGAAAUGGAUGAUGCACUAAAGUCAAUACGGUCUUUUGACUAGAAUGGCGAUAAUCUUGAAAUGUUUUAUAAACAUUGGUAUGUUCAUAAUUAAAAAAAACAAAGUUAGCUGUCUUAAACACGUUGUGUCUCGCUGUGUGAGUGCUAAUACAGUAUUCAUUUUCAUAUUUAAAUGUGUUGCUAUGGCUCGAAACAUGUUGUACAGUGGUUGUGGAGUCAAAAUUAGAUUUAUACGCCGGUCAAACUUAACGUUCCGUAACAAUAAAAUAUUUUUUGCUUGAUUAUGACAGCUACUAUUUAUAGUAUUCCUCUAGCAAUGUUUACACACGACAACCAACACAAAUACGUUCGUAUUAGCAUGGCAGUCAUGACAUACCUGUCAACCCCCCUUUUCCCCGUAAAACUACGGUGUUUUACCCUUUUUAUUUUUACCCGUUUUCAUAGUCUCUCGCAUUUCCCAUACUGUAUUUUAACUUUCUCCGGUCCCGCCGACGCUCAGCAACACUUCCGCAACAUUGGCAGAACACUUCCUGUAGCCGGCAAAGUCAGGCCUUCCAAAUAAAAGCACGCCAGUAAAAUAAUUUCCUUUUUCCGGAAAAUGUCCCUUUUUUUGAAAUGCAAAUGUUGACAGUUAUGAUGAACGCAUUAAAAAAAGUCACAAAGCAUGUACCAGUCAUGUGUGUUAUAUACUGUAUAUUGUUUUAUAUGUUAUUAUUUUGCACUUGAAAAAGAAUAAAUAAACCCGUUGUUUGCUUUAAAUGAAA